AUGAGAUUGACGGAUGUGCUCUGGACCAAACUACCAAGGGGUCAUAUUUUCAAAGGUAAACAUCGUCUGGUCAAACCGGUUACUGGAUUAGAUAUACAUAAAAAACUUAGAGAUCUUCAACGAGAAGAACAAAACAUGUUUUACCUUCGGCACUCAUAUUUGACCAAGGAAGAGUCAUAUGGGCAUUCGCAAGAACAAGGUCGCUUUGAAAAAUGGAUGAGGAAAUGGAAAGUGUUACAAGCGGAAAAAUUUGGAAAGCACAAGCCAAUGGAUAAUCACUUAAGUCAUCUUAGGUCAACGGAUGGAUGGGAAAGUUACUAA